AUGGGUGGUGAUAUAGCAGGAUGGUCGGCAAGGCCGAUUAGGCCAAUUACGACGAACGAGACCUUAUCAAAUAAAUCGUCACAAAGGUGCAAAGAGAGUGCUUAUGAAGAGGAGUGGAAAUUGAGAGUUAGGGUUUUGGGUGUGACGGAGAUGUCUCCUCACAAUGCGCACUUGCUUGAUGUGGGGCUUGGGCUUGCCAUCGCUGAUGAUGAUAGCUUUCUGAAGUUGAUUCUCUUGUAUCUCUUGUAUGGGCCUGAUACUAUCAUCCAGGAUGAGGCAUGUGGUUUGCUGAGGCUUUCGGAAGCAGUCAAGAAUCCUAUUGAUAAAGAUUUACAGCAGGUUCUCAACCAGCAGCCGUACAAGAAGAACCAACCUAAAUUAAGCUCUACACCGGACGAGACACAUAUUCAAUCCCACUGUCUUAUCUGCAGGGGGAAAAACAGUUGUCAAACAGUUCUUUCUAGAACGAAGCUGAUGAACACUUUGAUUGGAAAAGGGAAGCCACACGAAGCUCAGACCGUCUUCAACAAUUUGACUGAAGAAGGGCAUAGGCCUACUCUCAUAACAUACACAGCUCUUGUGGCUGCUCUAACCCGUCAAAAGCGUUUCAAGUCUAUUCCUGCACUUCUUUCUAAAGUUGCAGACAAUGGGAUGAAGCCUGAUUCAAUACUUCUUAAUGCCAUGAUCAAUGCCUUUUCUGAUUCUGGCAAGGUAGACGAAGCCAUGAAAAUCUUUAAGAAAAUGAAGGAGUAUGGAUGUAAACCAACAACUAGUACUUAUAAUACUCUCAUUAAAGGAUUUGGAAUUGCUGGAAGGCCUUAUGAGGCUAUGAAAUUGUUAGAGAUGAUGGGUCAGGAUGAAAAUGUGAAACCCAAUGAUAGAACAUAUAAUAUUCUCAUUCAAGCCUGGUGUACCAAAAAACAACUUGAAAAAGCAUGGAAUGUUGUGCAUAAAAUGGUGGCCUCUGGCAUUCAGCCAGAUGUGGUCACGUAUAACACGAUGGCAAGGGCAUAUGCUCAGAUUGGUGAAACAGACAAAGCUGAAAGGUUAAUAUUGAAAAUGCAGUACAACAAAGUAAAACCUAAUGAACGAACUUGUGGUAUCAUUAUAAGUGGUUAUUGCAAGGAAGGUAAUAUGACUGAAGCUUUGAGGUUUCUAUACAGAAUGAAGGAGCUUGGUGUGCAUCCAAAUCCAGUAGUUUUCAACUCGCUUAUCAAAGGAUAUCUAGACAUUACAGACACAAAUGGAGUAGAUGAGGUGAGUUCUGAUAUCUGA